AUGGCGUCAAAUGGGCUGGUGAGAACUUUCCAUGUUAUUGGGGACUUCCAUCCGAAUUCUUUGGUGCAAAGAGUGAUUCGUCAAAUUCCUCGCUCCUUGCCAUAUUAUAACAUCACGGGUCAUCGCCAUUCUGAGGAAGAUUCGGACCCCUUGGUUCGUGAGUUGAUGAAGAUAAGACCACACAAGCCGCUGUUUACGAUUUUGUCGCAGUUGAAGAAUGAAACGGUCGCAUCAUAUUCAUCAAAGUUACUGGAACUAUUGUAUCUUUUACUAGAGGAGAAGCAAUUGGAUGAUCACAUAAGGAUGGACCUUGAACGCUCGUUGACUAGAUUGAUCUCGUUCAUCCCCUGGAUCAACCCUGACACACCUGCAAAGUUGGAUAUCGAUCUCAAUGUGUCAUACAAGAAUCGUCAAAGCAUUCCUAAACCAAAGCGGGGUUCCGAUGAGACUAGUUCGAAAUAUCCCGAUGGAUACUUGUCAAAGAUAUUGAUUGAUAAUUUUGAUGCCUUGAUAAAGUUUUCUUCAACCUACUUCAACUUAACUUUGAGCACGCUGGUAACAAAAUACAUUGUGGAGUUGAUUUAUCAGUUACAUUAUUGGGAGGUGGUACAUUUAGCACAUAUAAACCCGAAAAUCAUUGACUUUCUUGAAUUGAUUGGAUUUGAAGUAACUCAAACUACAUUUGGCCCAAUUAUUAAACCGCCCGAAAAUUAUCUCAAUGAUAAUCUCUUGCAGGGAUUACAAUACCCAUUCCCAUAUCCAUUCUACAAUUACAGCUACCAUUCUUUUGAUUCCAAGGUUGAAGACCACAAGUUCAGUAGAGUCCAAAUAAAACCAUAUGUGGACAUCACAUUGAAAAAUGUUGAUACUGUGCAGAGAAAAAAGCGGAAAGUGAGUUCGGUAACUAGUAAUGAAUUGCCCUCAGAAGUAUCCCGGAACAUACAUCCGGGUAAACAUGAUACUUCAGCUUCAUGGAAAGACGAAAAAGAUGAAAAAGCUUCAACAAUUGGCAUUUUGCAAAACUUUCCAUCCACAUCAUCGAUACGACUGGAUCAGGCUUAUCCUCUACAUACAGCAAAUGCUCAAAACUAUGCACUGCAAGGGAUUUCUCCAGUUCUGUACAACCACUACCCAUUCCUGUCACUUCCACCACCGACACCACAGCUUCCACAACAACAACAACAACAGCAGCAGCAGCAACAACAGCAGCAGGAACAACAGCAGCAGCAGCAACAACAGCAGCAGCAACAACAGCAGCAGGAACAACAGCAGCAGGAACAACAGCAGCAACAGCAGGGCCAAUUAUUCUCCGCAAGCCCGCAGCAGCUGCUGCCUCAUAUCAACAUCAAAAUUCCACCACUCACAGACUCCAAGACCACUUUGAUACCAGGAGAAACCCGCUUUCCCUCUACGGUGGACCUGCAAAGAGAAAUACCAAAUAUUACACCAAUCACAAACAACAGAACACCAUUCCAAGACAACGUUUUGCCGUCAAUUUCCAAACUAACUGGCCAACUGAAGCAUAAUAUCUCCGAUGGCCAACAUCGACGAGGCUCAUCUCUACAAAGUCCUGGGUUAGGAAUAACCACUAGUAAUGAGAAGGAUCAUAUUCAAUCACAAUCGGCACAAGAGUUGCCUCAAGUUGCUAAGUCUGGUUUCACGAGGGGUUAUUCUACAAAUGGGAAAGACGCUGAAGACGCGUUAGGCGACGGUGAUUCGUCUUUUCCUGACAAGAACAAAGGCCUUCGUUACGGUGUUAUCCACCAGUGUCAUUUAACAGAUCCUGCUACGAAUUCUCAAUGUCUCAAGAUUUUCUAUGGGAAGAAUGAAUUAUUGAGGCACCAGGAGUUUGUCCAUGCUACCAAAAAGAGAAUCUUCAAGUGUUUGUAUUGUGAGCGGAGCGGUGCUAGAGUUCUGACUUAUCCACGCCAUGAUUCACUUGCAAGGCAUAUUAGAAGAAAGCAUGGGAUAACAGGAAAGGAAAAUAAAAUGGCUGUCACUUAUGCCAAAGAAAAUGUCAUAGUUCUUGAUGAUAUUGAAGCACACAAUGCAGAGUAUUCACCAGAACAUGUUUACAAUGGGCCACCUGAUAAUUUCUCGGGUCCACUGUCGACGCUAAUAACCGUGGAGGAGGAGGAAAAUUUGGAAUACCAAAAGUUUAAACAAGAAGUGGAUGACGAAAAACGAGAACGAAGACGUAUCCGAAUGAUGUCUCGUGGUCUUGCUCCGAGUCCCACAAGUGAGGCGCCAACACCUUUGCCUCUGCUGUCGAAGAGGCAUCCUGGUGAACAACAGCCUAUUUCGAAAAAUUUGCAAAGCUCAACAGAAACGUCAGCACUUGGUCGCAACUCUUCUGAAGCUGUGCACCCGCCAGAUUAUUCCUUUUCUGAGAUACACCGUCGUGUACGCGAGCUCCCUCCUGAUGACCCCAUGACUCACCUGUUUUCCAUAUACAUGGGUCCCAAUUCACUUCCUUCGACGUAUACCAAACUGGGCCUGCUUCAAGAUCACAUGUCACCUACAUUUUCGGACCCUCCCUCUGCUCACCAACCAACGAGCCAAGCCUCACAUCAACCGGAUCAAGAUGCACGAAACUCAGGUGGCAACACCCACAACCAACAACAGAGCAGGGACAGAUCGAGUGAGACACGUAGGUCAGGUAUUAAGCUUCCACUGAUCCACGACAUUGAUAAUGAAAUAGGACAUGCAUAUCGGAGGUAA